UGAUAGCUCAAUUAACUGCAUCCUUCUAUUUAUAUCCUCUGGCUGUCUCUCUCUCUUCUCUGCUUCUGGUCUGCUCCAAUAAUGAAGAAGAGAUAUCUCCUCCGGACCACUCACCCGCCACCCUCGCCCCUCCUCGCUGCCAUCCUCCUCCUCCAGCUCUGCCGGUGCUCCUCUGCCUAUAGCCCCGUCGACAAAAUCUUCAUCAACUGCGGAUCCACCACUGAUGACUCCGACAACCAAGGCCGCCUCUGGAUCGGCGACGAUGACCAGAAAUACGCUCCGCUCGACCACCAAACGUCACUUACCUCCAAGGCCAAGGACCAGCCCAGUGACGUCCCCCAAAUUCCCUACACCACCGCCCGCGUCUCCCGCUCCGAAUUCUCCUACUCCUUCCCCGUCACUGCAGGGCCGAAGUUCGUGCGCCUCUAUUUCUUCCCUUUCGACUACAACCAGAACUUCUCCCGCUCCGACGCCUUCUUUUCCGUGAGCUCCGGGCCUUACACCCUCCUUCGGAACUUUAGUGCCUCGCUUGUGGCCGAUUACCUUCGCAGACCUCAGUUCUCCAAGGAGUUCUGCGUGGUGGUCGAGGACAACCAGAGGCUGAACUUGACCUUCACUCCGGGGACUGACGGGCCAGCUGCAUAUGCUCUCAUCAAUGGGAUCGAGAUCGUCUCCAUGCCACCUGAACUUUACUACGGCAACGGCACCGUGGACGGUUCCCGUGAGGUUGGAUUUGUCGACAAUAAUGGGUUCUUGACGUUGAGCCACACAAAUGCUCUGGAGACGGUAUACCGGAUAAAUGUUGGCGGGAGUACGAUUGACCCCAAAGAUGACACCGGUAUGUUCCGGUCUUGGACGGGUCCGGACGAUGAUUACUUGACUGAGGACCUUAGCAGUGUCUUGCCAGUGAACUGGACCAUCCCCCUUGUCUUUGAUCACAUUCCCGAAUAUGCUGCCCCAGCGAAUGUUUACAGAACUGCAAGGUCUAUGGGAACCAACAGGAGCAUCACCACCACAUACAAUUUAACCUGGUCUUUCCAGGUCGAUUCGAACUUCCUUUACCUCGUCAGGUUACAUUUCUGUGAGCUUCAGAGAGAGAUAAGCAAAUUUGGCGAUCGUACCUUCGAGAUCUACAUAGCUUCCCAGGUAGCUGAUUCGAUGGCGGAUGUUAUCGAGUGGACUGGAGGAAGAGGAAUUCCUAUUUACAAAGAUUAUGCCGUGGGUAUAUAUGCUCAGACGAGUAAGAAGAGUAACCUCACCGUCUCACUCCACACAGGCCCAGAGAAGUAUUCCGUUUAUGCUGAUGCUCUUCUCAAUGGCAUAGAGGUUUUCAAGAUUAGCGAUUAUAAUGGCAAUCUGGCUGGGCCUAACCCGGACCCCAUACGGGUUCUGGAUCCACUUCAGCAACAACCGGAGCGGUCAUCCUCAUCCGGUGGCAUCAGUAAGAACGUGAUAGCUGCUAUUGCAGGUGGGAGUGUUUCUGGCGCUUUGGUGCUCGGUCUUCUGUGCUUCUUGACUUUCUGGAAGCGGAGGAGUAGCAAGGCUUCGACUUAUACUGACAAGACCUCGCUCUGGGGGCCGUUGUCGUACACUACAACCAAGUCGACCAAGACCCAGGACUCAUCACUGCCGGCCGAUUUGUGCCGCCAAUUCUCGCUGGCAGAGAUCAAGGCAGCCACAAGUGGCUUUGACGAGAUCUUCAUCAUCGGGGUGGGGGGCUUCGGGAACGUGUACAAGGGGUACGUGGAUGGGGGAUCCACAACGGUGGCAAUCAAGCGGCUGAAUCCUGGAUCUCAGCAGGGGGCUCGUGAGUUCACGACGGAGAUCGAGAUGCUGUCUCAGCUCCGCCACCUCCACCUGGUUUCCCUGAUCGGGUACUGCAAUGACGGAGGGGAGAUGAUCCUCGUGUAUGAUUACAUGUCCCAUGGGACACUUCGGGACCACCUCUACAACACGGAGAACGCGCCACUCUCGUGGAAGCAGCGGCUUGAUAUCUGCAUUGGGGCUGCCCGGGGCUUGCACUACCUCCACACCGGUACGAAGAACAUGAUCAUCCAUCGUGACAUGAAGACGACCAACAUCUUGUUGGAUGACAAGUGGGUGGCGAAGGUCUCCGACUUCGGGCUCUCGAAGAUUGGCCCCACCAACAUGCCCAACUCCAAGGACCAUGUGACCACUGUCGUCAAGGGAACAUUCGGCUACAUGGAUCCGGAGUACCUACGCCGACAGCAGCUGACAGAAAAGUCCGAUCUGUACUCAUUUGGUGUCGUGCUGUUUGAGGUGCUAUGCGCUCGGCCGCCAGUGAGUCGGACAAUGGAGAAGAAGCAGAUCAGCCUGGCUUCAUGGGCCCAGAGCUGUUACCGCAAUGGGACCCUCGGCAAGAUCAUGGACCCGAACCUGAGAGGCCGGAUCGCCCCUGAGUGCCUGAAGAAGUUCGCAGAGAUUGCAAUGAGCUGCCUGCAGGACGAGGGGGCCCUGCGCCCAUCAAUGAACGACGUGGUGUGGGGCCUCGAGUUCGCCCUGCAGCUGCAGGAAAAUGCAGAGGGGAUGACACCCAAGGCAGCCGUCACAAUGUGCGGUGCCAUCAACGAGGAUGAGGUCCCGCUUAACUGGACGCCGUCGGACAGUGGAGGCCAUUUCGGCCAGUUCAUUAGCAGCGGCAGCCAGAAGAGCAGCAUGAUGACGACCACUACUAGCAGUUCAAUGAGCAACGAUUCCCAGAACUUCACCGGAGCUGUGUUCUCUGAGAUUAUGAAUCCGCAAGGGCGUUAGAGGAUAAUAGUGAGCUUUCUUAACAAGGCGAUUCUGAUAUGAUGCUAAAGGUUCACUUCGAGCCUCUAUUAUUAGUUGGAGUUACUCCCAACUGUAAUACCCGAGUUUGCUCCGGUAAUUAUUUUCCCUAGGAUUUCGAAUCUUGGAUUAGUAUAAGUCUAUUGUGAAUGUGCGCAAGAUGCAUGAGAUCAUAUGCAUUGAAUUUCACGUUUUGUAUGUUCUUGUCUAUGUCAACUAGUCGUAGAGCCUGUGCGUUGCACGGGAUCAUACUUAUUCAAUUUUUAUGCUUUUUUUUAAUUUUAUUAUAUAU